ACAGGCAACAAAGGAAGAAAGGAAGAGGCCGAACGCUAGAAAGUGUUAGCCAACCUAGGCUUGAAGAUGUCAACUUAUUGUUUAAUUCUGCUCGGCAAUUUAAAGCUAUAUGUUUAGAGUAGCACAGGGUCCUGCCGUAUAAUCGCUUUGCGCUUUCUUUUUUGCGUGGGAGCCGACUGAAGGGAAGGUGAUGGUAAUGUUUUCGACAGAAAGCGCUAACAAAGCUAGCUGGCUCAGGUACUAAGCCUGUAUAAGUCAAGCUAACAUUAGCCAACAAUCGUCAAGGAGCGAACCUUAAAUGAAGGUGUUGUGCAAGGCGAAUGCGUAAACCUUCGUGCUGUCUUGGCCAUCAGUACAAGCAGAAGUGAUCAGCAUCCAAUGAAAGGUGGUGGAAGUGGAACUUGACCCAGCCAACUGAGUCACCAUUUUCCUGCUCAUCAUGGGUUUAAUGGCUCCACUGUGUGCAUGACUUGUUUCAUGUGGCCUGAUGGGAGGACACGGUGGAUAGUACUUUCAUCAGGAUACCAGGAGGGCCAUCCCAUGCCCUCAUUUUGGAGGGCCUGUCAGAAUGAAGAAGAUAAGCCUUAAGACCAUCCGCAAGUCACUCAGCAUAAAGGGCAAAGAGGAGGGUGACUUUGUCAUGCUCCAGCAGCCCUCAGUGACUGCAGAGUUUUCGAAGGAUGAGUCACUUUUUGGGGGCUGCUACACCAAAGAGCUUUCUGCCUGUGAUAUUGCUAGCGAAGAUGAAAAAGGGGGACAGAACAAGGGCCGCUCAAAGAGUGAGACUCUGAUGGGAUCGCUAAAGAGAAGGCUGUCUACCAAACAGAAGGCGAAAGUGAAAGGCGGCGCCUCGACCAUAGGCUCAGUGGACGAUGAAGACACCUUCUCAUCUAAUUCUGUCCCGAUCAGCUUCAAUGAGGUAAAAGCUCAGAGACCCCUUAGAUCUGCAUCCCUCCGGAGUCACCAUUAUAGCCCUUCUCCGUGGCCUCUGCGGUCUGUCAACUCUGAUGAUGCGUGCAUCAAAAUGGAGGUAAAAGUUAAAGCCAUGGUUCACUCUCCUAGCCCAAGUCCCAACUUAAACGGUGUCCGGAAAGAAUUUCAUGAUUUCCAGAUGGAAGGGCUCCUUCAGGACCAAGCAGAGUCCUUAAAGAAUCUCCAGCAACCGCAAAAUGGUGAGCUGCAUCUAAAUAUUGAUGAAAAUGAUGUGCCUGUGGUGCUGGGGUUGACGCCCCAGGACUACAUCCAGUACACAAUGCCUUUAGAUGAGGGAAUGUAUCCCGAAGGGUCUCACUCUUUCUGCCUGGAAGGUUCCUCUCCUAUGGAGGUGGUGACAGAGGCAGACAAUGGGUCCCUCCACACAGAGCAGGGACAGGAGGAGCAUGAACUGGUGAAUGGGAUGCCUCCAGAUAUAUUCAUGGAGACCUCAGUCAAUAGUAUUCUUAUUGGUUCUGCUGGCAUGAUGCUCCAAAACUCAAGAGUGGAGAUGCCACCUCCCCUUUCUCCACUCCUGCCACCCAUGACUAGUAAUGGACAUAUUCCAAGGACAUUUUCGGGCUUUAGCUCUGCAGACAGCCAGGUAGCUGAGAGAGUAAGACACCACCUCAACUUUGACCCAAAUUCGGCUCCUGGGGUUAGUCGGGUAUACGACUCAGUCCAGAGCAGCGGGCCCAUGGUUGUGACCAGCCUGACAGAGGAGCUGAAGAAGCUUGCUAGGCAGGGCUGGUACUGGGGUCCCAUCACACGCUGGGAGGCAGAGGAAAAGCUGGUCAACCUGGCCGAUGGAUCCUUUCUGGUCAGAGACAGCUCUGAUGACAGAUACCUGCUCAGCCUGAGUUUCAGAUCGCAGAGCAAAACCCUCCACACCCGCAUCGAACACUCCAACGGACGCUUCAGCUUCUACGAGCAGCCCGACGUGGAGGGACACACAUCAAUUGUUGACUUAAUCGAACACUCUAUCAAAGACUCAGAGAAUGGGGCUUUUUGUUAUUCCAGAUCUCGCUUACCAGGAUCUGCAACUUACCCCGUCAGACUAACCAACCCAGUAUCUCGGUUUAUGCAAGUGCGCUCCCUGCAGUACCUUUGCCGCUUUGUCAUUAGGCAAUACACAAGAAUAGACCUUAUCCAAAAACUGCCCUUACCUAACAAGAUGAAAGAUUAUCUGCAGGAGAAGCACUACUGAGGAUAGAGAUGGUAAUUUGCACUUUUGUGUUCAGUUAAGAGAUUUACAAAAGGGGUUUACAGACAACUACAGUUUUGAGAUGAUUGGUUCUGGUGGCUCUUGAUUUGUGUCCGUGUGACCCUGUCACUGUUCGGCCCUUCAUUCCACUGUUCUGGGGUUUUUUGCAGGAGGCUCUACUUCCAGAAAUGUAGGCCAGCACAUAAUCUAUUGCAAAAACACAGCAGAGAUAUACAGCCAAGUAAUCUCAUCCGAAUGCAUCAAGUGCAGAAGCUGAUGUUGGUUACAUCUACAAUAAUCCAGCUUUGCAAGUGUAACCGUUUUUUGUUAGUUUUUUAAAAGAAAUUAUAUUGGCGUUGAGACUGCGGAGUAGGGAAACGAAUAUUCCUCUAAAAUUCUAUCACUUGUUAAAUUCAAUCUGUAGUAGAUAUGAAGGAUGAUUCCAACAUGGAACGGUAUUUUUUAAGGUCUCUGCAGACUGACCAAUUUGGCUCAUCUUUUGCUGUUUUUUUUUUUUUUUCUUUCACUUACAACACUCAGACUGCAAAUGAGAACAUUAUGCAUUUGUACUGUGCUGUUAGUCAAAUAGAAAGGUAGGGCAUCAUCAUAUUUGCAACGACUGACCUAUUAUUCUGAUUAUAAUCUUUCUUUUUGCAAAUUUACAAACCUAACUCCUCAUUCAGAGGAUUAAGUUUCUCCGUGAUGCGUUAACAGACCCUUUAUUGGCGCGUGGCAGCGCUUAUAUGACCAAUACUUAAGUGCUUCUGUCUUAAUAUGGGACCGACUUUACUUUUGGAGCUUGUCACACGGCUUGUUUUCAGCCGUACUGUUAAACAGAUAGGCAUUUAUAAACAUGAUUAUCUGUUGAUGAAAGGUUUACCUUUAGCAUCCAGGAUUUAUGACUGUAUAGCAAAAGAUGUCCACAAUCUGCCAGUCUGCCAGAGCCUUCAAACAGAUCAUUGAGAGACGUAGCUUUAAAUUAUAUGGCUGCAUGCAGCCAUUAUACAUUGUGCAAGCCUAAAGGUACUGAUAAUGCUGGAUUUUAAUGUUGUGCUGUUUGUGGUAACAGCAUAAAGUUUAUGUAUAAACCUUUUUAAAAUAUGCUAAAAGUGAAAAAAAAAAUCUGCUUUGGGAAUGUUACAAAAACUGCACCGCAGCUCAGGCCUAACAAGUUUGUCACUAUGUGUAAUGCUUUUAUCUGCAUGUUAUAAAGGCUUUAAGACUGUCAAUUAAAGGCACUGUAGAACUACACUAAUUGAGAGAAGAUGUCACAGUAAAAGGGGGGGAGAGAUUUUUGGCUGUUAUUAAAGCGCGACACUGAGUAAAAGGCUGUUAAAUGCGCAGUUGCAUUUACCUUGGGCAGUUUAUAUAUAAACAAAAUUGCCCUCAAUUAACUUACGACUGGGGGGGUGCAAAUAAACAAACAAACAAACAAAAAAAAAAACAGGUCUUUAGUCAAUUGACAAUCUGAAUGUAGGGAUGGCUGUUUCUUAGUCUCUUAAUGCCUGCAAUGAGCUGGACACAGAUCAAAAGAAUCCUAAAACUGAGGACGCUUAGGUGAGCGGAUUUCGGAAAGCCAGAGUUGAGUCCUCCUCGCCAUCUCGGAGUGAUGUCAGUGUUUCAGCAUAUGACAAAAGUUCAGUCACAGCUGCAUGUUGUCAUUAGUGUUACAUGGGUUUUCAGGACAUGUAAACAGAGGCGUAGAGUUUUUGUCAUUGCUCAGUCACAUUGUUCUCAGUCUCCACAGAACUGCACUACCCCACGGAUUAUCUCUCUACUGGGCUGUUUCUGCCAGAGUAAAGGGAAGAGCACACAGUAUGCUACGCAAGUGCUUUAUAUGGAUACUUGACAGGGAAUUGUGCUUUCACAUUAUGAAUGAGCAUUUCUUUAUUAUUAUUAUUAUUUUUUUUGACAUCAGUGUCCUUAAAAGUAUUUGGAACAAUGUUGGUAGGUCGUUAGCGCAUAGUUCUAGAUUGUUAGCUGGAAACGGUGGUGUCUGCGGAAGUUACUAUGAAUCUAGCACAGCAGAAAUUAGAUAGGAACUUUGAAUGGUGUUGCAUGUUUAAAAACGUAACCUUUUAAAGCUUUUGAGUUGUAUAGGAAUGAAGGAUUUGGGUCGUGCGUUCGGCUGUGUCGAGAGAUGUUUCUGUCACAAGCAUUGGCUGGAUAUUCUUUGUACAAGAAAUGUAUUUUUCUUUCUUUUGGAAUUCUUGAUUUUUCUUCUUUCUUUGUUUUUUUUGGUUAUUUUGUUUUGUGACAUUUGCCAUCUGGGGGGAUGUGGUUGUAUAGAGGGAAUGUGCGCUUGUUUGAGGUAUCCAUUUUUAUCUGCCUGCAGACCAUUUUCAGAAAGCAUGGGAAGCAUAAAAACUACAUUGACACAUUAUUUGCACUUGAACAUUUUUUAUACUUGGAUCCUCUCCUGCCUACAGAUUUCCUUCAGCUGGUGUG